AUGCUCUCCAUUUGGCGCCUCUCAUUCCUGGCGUUGCUGAACUCGCUCGUGCGCUCAGAGCCGGUGGUGGCGGUGGCGCACGUGGUGUCGCGGAGCCCCACCUUCUUCGAGGAAUGGUCUCCCUGCCAUGCGACGCGCGGGCAUGGAAAGAAGGCGUUGGUCACGGGCAUCACCGGCAUGUUAGGCAGCCAUGUGGCAGAAGCCUUGCUGGAGAAGGGCUAUGAGGUAGCAGGGGUUGUACGGCCCAGGAGCAACUUGCGGAACGUGGCCGCCUUCCAGUCCAAGGUGACGCUGGUCACUGCCGAGCUGACCGACCCUUGGCGCGUGCUGCGGCUCCUGGAAAGUCAACGGCCAGACUUCAUCUUCCACUUCGCGGCACAAGCCUUCAACAGUUUGUCCUUUGAACAACCUGCUGAGACGCUGCACACCAACCUCAUGAGCACUCUUCACCUGCUGGAAGCGAUGCGAGAGCUGAAGUUGAAGAGCACCAAGAUCAUCAUCGCCGGCUCUUCCACAGUCUAUGGCGCCUCCACCGAGGCCUACGACGGCCCAGUGCCCGAGGAGGCGCCGCUGCAGCCGGUGUCGCCCUAUGGGGUGAGCAAGGCGGCCACGGAGAUGUUGGCCUUGUCCUACGUCCGUGCCCAUGGGCUGCACGUGGUGGUGCCGCGCUUCUUCAUCCACUUGGCGCCGAGGGGUGUGGAGAGUUUGGCGCUCCACGACUUCGCGCGACAAGUGGCCAUGGUGGAACGGGGCCUUUUGUCACCCCCAGUUCUCAGGCAUGGUGACCUCUCCACGCGCCGGGACAUCACCGACAUCGUGGACUCGGCACCAGUGGUGGUUUGCCUGGGAGAGGUGGCACCAAGUGGUACGGUGGUGAACCUGGGAUCCAACGUCUCGUAUAGCAUGCAGCACUUGCUACAUGAGAUGGUCCGGCUGAGCCCCUCUUGGGGCGAAGGAAAUGGUAGCCACCUGGGGAAGCUCCGUUUGGAGCAGGACGUCUCACGCUUGAGGGCCUAUGACGAACGCAUCGUGAUGGCCAACAUCAGCAAGGUGCAACAGCUCACAGGCUGGGUGCCACGGCCCAACAUCUCACUGCUCCUCCGGAUGCUGCUGGAUUACUGGCGUCAUGAGACGGCCUUUCGCUUUCCGGCGCGGUCCUUCGGGGCGCGCGAAGCGGUGCGGCCUGCGGCUUGCCCGCGGACCUGCUCGCUCUUCAGCGUCGACCUGGACGUGACCGGGCACCAAGUGCAGAAGGUGGCCGUGCAGUGCAUCUCGUGCAUCGUUUGCCUCAAUGACAAUGCCACCUUGCGCUGGGAGCGCUUGGCCACCGACGAAGGUGUCAAGAGCUGGGUGGAGUUCGGCCUGAGCAACACUGCCUCGGUGACGCGCUUGAAGCUCCAGGUUACGGUGCAAGCGACGCCAAGGGCUUGCUUUGAGCUGCUGAAAGAUGCCAGCAGGAGGCCGGAGUUCGACUUGGGAUGCUUGGAGGUUUCUGAAAUGGAGAGCUGCGGGGAGAACGCCGACCUUGUACGCAUGGUUUACUCAAGCCAAGAUGCCAAGAAGGAAGAGCUGCUGGUCCUUCGCGCCCAUCAGGAGGACGAGGAGCACAACGUCUUCAUCGUUUGUAGUCGCAGCGUGCGCUGCGACUUGCGGCCUCCGAAGGAGGGCAUGUACCGAGGAGAAGUGCUGCCCUCCGGCUACCUGGUGACUGCUGUGCCUGACACCAAUGGCAAGUGCAGUGAGAUCACCUUCCUGGGGCAGUUUAGUCAAUCUCUCUUCGAGAAGAUUCAGCCUCAUGUUGUCGAGAGUGUGAAGCGCUUCAAGAAAAUCCUUGAGAAGCCGGGGGACGGCGGCUCCGGUGGCUACUGA